CGCAAUAGUUAAUAUCAUUCGGAGGAGCAAUGAUGUUAAAUCUUACAUGGGCUGUAGCUGUUGUCUUAAUUGUCCUUAUGACAGCAUCAGUGGGACAAUCGCAUCAAAUGUCUGUAAGCAUUGACCAUGUAGUAAAAAGGUCGCCAUGCCCUUUUCCUGACUGUUUUCCUAUCUAUUAUCGGGUUUGUAUCGACUUCCUGACAGACCGCAGCUAUUGCUCUAGAACCUCCCACCCAUGUAAUGAUCAACUCCAUUGUGCAAGCAUGAAAAUGCACAACGAAACCUUUUCGCGGCUACGUCUUCCACACCAGGCUGUCACCAAUGAAACAUUUAUCAAAGUCUAUAUCGCUGAAAGUUUAUCGGCGGGUAUCCCAUGUAGAAUGGCUUCAGCAUAUGAUUGCCGGUAUUUGAACACAUCGUAUCAAUUCAGCAAUGAAAAUUUCAGUUUUCAUGUAACCCUGACAGAUGUACCCACUACAUCAAACUCUAGCUCAACGCCUAUACACUCUGUUUUCGGGUAACCCUGUCAGAUAUACCCGCAACAUAAAACUCUGGCUCAACGCCUAUACACACUGGGAAGCAGCGUUCAAAAUUUCUGCAGAGAGAAGGUUGAAUUCUCUACUGGCUGAGGGGGAAAACUAUUGAAAUAAUUUUCAGUUCUACAAAGUGUGGGAUUGAAAACACAGCUUUUUCUUAGUGGAUAUCUUACAUUUAUAUUAUUGCAAAGGUAGAGUUCAAUGAUGUCUACUAUGUACUUAGGUGAUUCAUUAUUUAAAAUUUUAACAUAAGUGUUAAUUUAUAUUUUGUUCGUCAACAACAAAGAACUUCAAAUCCAGUUUCUACAUAAAGCUUAUUAAGUGAAGUCACUCUACGCAAACAGCAAUUACUACAGUUGUUCCAUACUAUAUCCCCGUAUUCAAGUAUUGGUCUAGUAAAAGAGGUACAUAUUGCUGUAAGACUUUUUCUAUCCAAUUUGUGUUUUAACAGUCUCAAUAUAUUUAUUCGUCUAUAAGCUAGUUAAUACAUAUUGUCAAUAUGAUAUGUCCAUUUUCCAUCGCUACUAAAAGUUAAACCUAGCUGCUUAUGAGUUUGUUUAUUAAUUACAGUUUCAUUACAAAAUGGGAUAUCUUGAUGAUUUGGUUCACUUUUCACUGAGAAAAUUACAGAUUCAGUGUUCAGCGAAUUAAAUUUGAUAUCCAUUUUUCUGGCCCAUGUAUGUUUAGGACCUAGAUCAUUAGUUAAUUUCAAUGCAGUUUAAUUUGCUUGUCAAUUACAUAAUACAGUAUCAUCAGCAAAGCGUUUUAAACGGACCGAGGACUGAGCCUUGGGGUAUACCGGCUUUGACAUACUGAACAAUUGAAUAAAACCCCAUUGUUGAUACUCUCCGUUUCCUAUCGGAAAGAAAAUUACCAAACCAUUGUAUUUUUUCCCUUUUUUUUUGCCAUAUGAUUCCAUUUAUAAUAGUAGAUCCAUGUGCCAAAUUCUAUUAAAAGCCUUACUAACAUCACAAAAUACAAAUUAGAGACAUCAUUUUGGGCACCAUUGCCUUUGUAUGUUGCAUUCAUAUUUGCUGUUUUCCAAGAAAGAGGUAUAAUACCAGAUUCAAUAGUCUUAUUACAAAGUAAAGUUAGAGGACAUAUUAGAGAAGUUGCUAAUUUCUUGGGUAUCAUGCCAUCUGGGCCAGGAGGUUGUUUAUCAUUAAGUAGAAACAGUUGAUCCUUUAUGUCCUGUCCAGAUAUAAAAAUAUUGUCUUGAAUGAAGAGAACAGUAUUUUCUUUGAGGUAAAGGGUUCAAGAUGUUCAGAAAAGUCAAUAUUGAGCUGAAUUAAUUAUUUAGGCGUCCAGCUUUUUAAAUGGAUGAUGUAUUAAGUUAUUAUUUUCAGAAAGAGGGUGAAGACAAUUUGAUACAUUAUUUGAAUUCAUGACAUAUCUAGCAACUUUCCACUGUUUAUUAGGAGGCAUAGAUUGGUCACUAAGUGGUUGUUGCAAUCGGGUUUUGUUUCUUUUUUUUUCUUCUAUUUUUUGAAGUUGAUUUUUUAUUUUUUUUAUUUAUUUUUUUAUUUUUUGGAGUUGAUUGUUGCAAUCGUUCAUAAUAAUUUCUUUCAUCAUCUCUAACGAGGUCUAUUGCUUUAUUUCAAGCCUGGCUACAAGUUUCCCAAUUAAUCGCAGUGUUGUUAUUUACAGCUUUUUUUAUGUAAUCUAUUUCUCUGUCUAAUGUUUUGCCUUAUAUUAUUCCUCAUCCAAGUUUUAUCAAUAGAGCGAAUAGUUAUAGUUUUAGAUGGUAUACAUUCUUUUAUUUGAUUUGUGAUGGUAUCUGUUAAAUAAUAUUAAAUUCUUC